CAGAUUUAAGUUGAAUUACCAAACUUUUUUAUUUGAAUCGUAUUUUUUUCCUCAGAUAAAGUCCAAUAAGAAUGGAUUGCAAAUGUAAUUGUUAUCCCUUAUCUACAUGGGUGCAAUCAGCAAUGGAAGUAUGAGUGAUACACUCACUGAUUCACUAGUCACUACUAGCUACCACGUGCUAUUGACGUGCGUAAGCAGUGCAUUCAAAUUAGAGCGUGUGAGUUACGUGCCAUGUAUUCAACUCACAAGUCACACCUGACAUCGCUGUACACUCUACCGUUCUUCUCAGUUGAACCGUUAGACGGCAAAAAGCAAUAUUAGUAAGAGAUAACUUGGAGAUCGAAAGGAUUCGGUUGUUUCCCAGGUAUGAAUGCACAAGUUUUAUCAAUUUUUACGGAGAACCCUAGAUUUAUUUGUUCAUUUUUCUUGCUGGAAUAGGUUUUUCUGUUUAAAUUUGUCAAAAAUUAUGUUUUAGGGUUUCGAAUUUUCUGUACUAUAAAUUUUUGAAGUUGAAGAUGGUUUGAAAUUAAAGUUUAGGUUUUUCUGGGUAAUGGCAACUGGGAUUGCUGGGGAUGAUGGUUGCAGUAUUGGUGGUACUUUAAAGGAUAGGAAAAAUUGGGCUGAUAGCAAAGUUUACUCUAGGAAAUCUGUCAAAGGGUUGAAAACUCUAGAAAAUUCACAUAAUUUAGAGCUUGAUUCUAGCAAGGAGCUUGGUUUUAAUAGGUUUGAGGUUACUUCUGAGGAUUCUUCAUCCCGGAAUCGUUUGAGUCAACAGUUGAGAAACGGUAUGAGUUAUUCUCAGGUGGGAAACCGGGUUUCGAUCAGUUUGGUGUAUAAGACAAAGAAGGAGAAACGUGAACUUAGGAAAAAGCUUGAGGAUGAGCUAAAUUUGGUUAGGAGCUUGGUUAAGAAGCUCGAACGUAGUGGUAACAGUUUAAGGUCUUUGGAAGAAGAUGGUAAUAAUGAUGUGGUGAAGUUAAAAAGAGUUCACUCUGAGGUUGGUUCUGUGGGGUGGAAUGAUGGUAGGCUAAUUGAUCAGUUGAGUAUUACUGUGCCUGAACUUGGUCAAGGUGCUAGUGAAAAUAUGGACAAAGAUAAGAGGACCCCUAAAGCUAAUCAGUUCUAUCAGAGUUCGGAUUUUAUUCUUGGUAAGGAAAAAAUCCCACCUACAGAACCAAACAAGAAGUCAAAGGUUAUGGGGAAGAAGAAUGGGGUCUCGGGAUCUGGAAUUGGGAUGAGCAACUCAUCGAGUAAGGUUUUUAAGAGCUGUAUUUUAUUGCUUGAUAAGUUAAUGAAACACAAGCAUGGAUGGGUGUUUAACACCCCUGUUGAUGUGAAAGCCCUUGGAUUACAUGAUUAUUUUACAAUUAUUAAACACCCAAUGGAUUUGGGUACUGUUAAGACUAGGUUAAAUACCAAUUGGUACAAAUCUCCUAAGGAAUUUGCUGAGGAUGUAAGACUCACUUUCCACAAUGCAAUGACAUAUAAUCCCAAGGGGCAUGAUGUCCAUAUAAUGGCAGAUAUACUCUCUAAAAUUUUUGAGGAGAAGUGGAGCAGUAUAGAGGCGGAAUAUACGCACGAGAUGAAAGCUUCGGCAGACUAUGAAGCUAGUCUUUUGACUCCAACAUCAAGAAAGGCUCCACCUGCUCCAACAUUGCUGCCUGCUCGUGUUGAUAUGACUAAGACACUGGAUGGAUCAGAAUCUAUGGUUACUCCUGCUGUGAAACCAAAAAAUCCAAAUUCUGCACCAAUAGGCAGGCCCACUGUUCCUAAGAAGCCAAAGGCAAAAGACCCUAAUAAGAGAGACAUGACAUAUGCGGAGAAGCAGAAGCUUAGCAAUGACCUGCAGAAUUUACCCUCGGAGAAGCUUGAUAAUGUUGUCCACAUAAUUCGGAAAAGGAAUCCAUCACUCUGUCAAAACGACGAUGAGAUAGAGGUGGACAUUGAUAGUGUUGACACUGAGACUCUUUGGGAGCUGGAUAGAUUUGUGAUGAACUUUAAGAAGAGUUUAAGCAAGAUGAAGAGAGCUGAGCUAGCCCAGGUUAGAGAGGAUACUGAGCCAAAUGCGGAGGAUGAGGCACCAUUAAUCCUGGAACAACCAAAGGAAAACAUAGAUGCUGAAGAGAAAAAUGACCCUUUAUUGCCUCCAACUCAAAGUGAAAAGAAAGCUGGCAAGCCGAGCCUUUCAAAUAGUUCAAAAAGCUCUGGCAGUGAUUCUGGAUCUUCAUCUAGUGAAUCCGACAGUGAUAAUUCAUCCAUCUAAGUGUCAUAAACAACAAAUAUCAUGGGAUAUGAGCUUCGAUUUGGGUUUAUGGGUUUUGCUUUAGAUGCGAAUCGUGUUAUGGUGGUGGUUGUACUUGUUGUACAGUUAUUCGGACUAUUCUUGACCUAUCUCAGUAUCAUGCUGGACUCGUAUGAAGUGUCGAAGUCUGAUGCAAAAGGUGUACGACUCGGCCUGCGUAGGAUAUAUUUGUUGCAAGAAUGUUAAUGGUUAGUUAUGUGAUUAGUGUUAGCCUUUGUUAUAGUGUAUAUUGCUAACUGGUAUGACCUGUUUCUAGUUUCAGACAAGUUAGAUGUGAAGUGUUUGUUAGCUGAUGUAAUUUGUUGUAUUGUAGUUAAAUGAAACAUGUAAUGUCCAUGGUAAUGGUAUGAUUGUAGAACUAUGUUUAGGCGUGUUCAUGACCGGGUACCCGGGUAGUCGGGCAAUUAUUUGAAUGGCCUAUGUCCCGACUUGAAUUAUCUGGAUUCCUGUUAGACCUGUUUAAAA